GAUAUUUCCUGUGAGUUUUUCUACUGUUUUGUUUAAAAAUGCAAUUAAAUGCAUUUUUCCAGAGUUAACAAUAUUCCUGUCUGUGUUUAGUUGUCCACUAAAAUCCAUUUUAAUUAAACCAUGUUGAUUUUUAGAACAAAUAUUGGUAAACACUUAAAAUGUGAUUCAUCAAGAUAAUUAAAAAGCCUCUAAUUAAUUAGAUUAUCUUCAAUCAAAUCCCAUCCCUAAUAUAUAUAUGUAUAUAUGUAUGUAUGAAUGUAAGAACUACAUUAUUUCAGUUCAUUCUCAGCUGUUAAGCAUUCAUGUGCAAUUUCUACAGUGGGAUGACGAGUUAUCAGUCAACACACUUCCUGUGUGAAAAGCUGUCAAUCAAAGCACAGACACAUGUAUACAGACACACAAAUGUGCAUCGGUACAUGCAGUGUGUUUCAUUGGCAUAGGUUGAGCAUCACCUUCAGCAUGAAGCUCUUCUACGUUGUGCUCCUCGGCGCCGGUGUCACCAUGGAUACCGCCUUGGACGGCUGCCAUACCGACCGGGACCCGGACCACCGAGUGCGGCUCAACUGCACGGCAGCCGGUUUCAGCACCGUUCCCGCAGGUCUCCAACCUACGACCGAGGUUCUCUUGUUUCCCAGCAACCAGUUCUCCAGCCUGUCCUGGGAGUCCUUCCAGAUCUUUAGCAAGCUGCACGAGCUGGACCUGACGGCCAACCAGCUGGGUCAGGUGACGCCGAGGGCCGGCCCGCUUCUACCUCACCUCAGCGUCCUCCGACUUGGACGCAACCGCCUCACGUCUCUGCCAGACAGGGCCUUCUCCGCCUGCCCUUCCCUGAUAGAUCUCUACCUGGGCAGCAACGCCAUCGAGUCUCUGAGCGACGACACGUUCGCCGGACUCAGCAAGUUGGAGAUCCUAGACCUGUCGUCCAAUCGCAUCAGGGUUCUUCCGCCUCUCUUGCUCCGCCCCCUGGUUGCGAUAGAAACGCUCUACCUGGAAAGCAAUCAGAUCAGCGAGGUCUCGGACAAUUGGUUCAGCCCGAGGGAGGAAGUGCCCUACCUGUACUUCUCUGCCAACCCGUGGGCGUGUUUCUGCGAGCUGAUGUACCUACACGCAUACAUAAAUGACUUCUUCUUCAACUUCUACGUGCGCGACAGCAAGACCAUCACCAGAGACCCCAAGAGUGUGGUGUGCCACUCACCGCAGCGGUCCAAAGGUCGAGCCAUCAUUGACUUGGACCAGGAAGACCUGUGUCCGCCUCCUACACCGACACUCAUUGCCGCCAUUGCCACUAGCAGGGUGACUGAGGUUCUGGAGGAAAGUGAAGGAGGUAGAGGCGACGGGCCCGUUGUCUGGCGUCCUGCACUGACCACUUCCAGUGCAUCUGACCGCUUUGGCGCCACCACGACUAUGUCGCUUCCUACAACUCCAACAGCACCACUUCCUGCGACUACGUCACAUUCUACAACUUCAACUGUGCCACUUCCUACAACUCCAACACCACUUCCUGCCGUUCUCUCACUUGUGAUGCCAUCCAGCUCUGAGCUCCCGUUAACGUGGCGGUGGGGCACGGAGAAGGGUGACGCCGCACCCCUCCGCCACGUGCCUGGUGCCGGUGUGUUUUGUACGUGGUUGUUGGCCGCCAACGUGUGUUUGUGUGUGGUGGCGGCAGUAAGUACCCUCGUGACUCUGGUGAGACUGGCGGUCUGGUACAGGGGGGCAUACAAGCUGCUGAGCGUCACGCUGGCAAGGGGGGGUGGCGCCCGGCAGGUGAGGCUCUACGGCGGCAGGGAAGUAGUUUAUCGUUCGGUCCUCUUCGUGAGUUGCCAAGGGGCGGAGGGGGUCAAAGGUGGCCCCGUGUACAGGACGACCCUGCACCGCGAGCCCGGCACGCAGAUUGCGCUGCAGCAGUGGAGCGAUGUCAUGGGCGUGGGCGACGGGGGAGCUGGGUGGAGGCAACGCUUCAGCGUGCUUCUGCGCCAGGAGAGGGAGGGGCCAGGCGGAGGGAGGGAGGAGCGAGACUGGGUGGUGGGCGCGUGGCUAGCACAACACCUACCCGGCGUGAGCCUUGAAGGCUCGCCAGCCCCGUGACGUCAUCGCUCUACCUCCAGUUAAGAGUGAGAAACAAAACAAUUUGUGUAUGCAACACAAGUGAUAUUUAACAUUGACCUCCAAAGGCCCAUGCCCUACUAUUUAUUAAAUGGAGUUUAUUUUUUGUGGUGAAAAUAAGAACAAAUAACAAAUUUUAAGGGUUGAAAUCCUGAAAAUUAGUGAACAUUUUAUCAUUCUGAUCCGAGCUGGUUGAUUGUCAAGCAAAACAAACAUAAUAUAUAUAUAUAUAUAUUUAAAAAUAAAAAAAAACAAUGAUUCUAAAACAGUUUGGUUGUACAUGUACAAGUUUUACUCCCCCGCCCCCCAAACGGUAAUACUGCUCAAUUGAGGAGGACACAAGGUUUAAAGCAAACCUCAGAACAGCCCAGAAUAAUCUAUGCGAGCAUUUUGGCUGUUGGAACCAACUAUUUUUACAUCAAGUUGCCAUUAUUCAUUUGAUGUCAAGAUAAAUUUAAUGAGAUUGUCUCCACUACUUAAAAACGACUCACGUAAACAAACGUCAACUACGAUAUAUAGUUCUGUACUUUAUUUCCUUUUUAUUCGUUCGUCGUGUGUAAUGGCGGCACCUUGUGUCGCUGUAGUUGAUUGCGAACAGGUGGCUCGUUACUUUGACUUUUGAGCUUUGAAUGUUGUUUUUUUUAAACGAGGCAACUCUGUAACUUAACUUUUAGCUUUAUAUACUAUAUACUUUUUUACUGUAGUGUGUCAAUUUGUGUACGCAAUUAAGAUUAAAAUCGUCUCGUAUUUUUACCUUGUGUCCAGAAGAUGGCGGCUGUUGGCAACAUGGCGUUUUCGUGUCCAACUUCCGGUUUGGACAAUGGCGUCAUUAAUUAAACAGAAUUAUCACCUGUACUCCAAAAUGCCAUAGGAAUUAAAACGUUGUCUACUUUCAAGAAAAAAAAGUUUUUACUGGUACAAUGUUUUUUUUUUUUUUUUUUUUUUUAAAUAAGGUCGUAAUAUUACAUAUGUAUGGAUAUCUAUAGAUGUAUAAAUUAAGGGAAAGAUACAUUUUAGAAUUUAAAAGGGUUCCAAGGUGUCUGUUUGUUUGCGUUUCACAAAAUACUCAAGGAUAAAACAUAGACGUGUUUUUACAGCAGAUAGUCCAAUCAGCUUGUUUUCAGGGG